AUGAAGAGAGAUCAUCCAAAAACCAUUGGUGGUGGUGGGAAUUCUAUGGGGAACAAAGCUGAAUCUUCUUCUUCGUCAAUGGCAACUGGGAAAGGAAAACUAUGGGUUGAAGAUGAUCAAGAUGCAGGUGACAUGGAUGAAUUACUUAGCGUUUUGGGUUACAAAAUUAAGUCUUCAGAUAUGGCUGAUGUAGCUCAAAAACUUGAGCAACUUGAGAUGGUUUUGGGUUCAGAAGAUGGAAUUUCUCAUCUUGCUUCUGAUACAGUUCAUUAUAACCCUUCAGAUCUCUCUGGUUGGGUUCAAAGUAUGCUGUCUGAAUUGAACCAUCUACCCUCUAGUGAUCUUGAUUCACCUAUUCUUCUUUCCAGUAAUCAAGAUUCACUUCUUGGACAACCUUCCACAAUCACCUCCCUAGAUUUCUCCAGUAAUUCUCAAUCUAAAGGAUUUGCUGACGACUCAGAAUAUGAUCUCAGAGCAAUCCCUGGCGUAGCUGCCUAUCCCCGACAAGAAUUCGAUGAGAGUAACGAUAGGAAGCGAAUGAAGCCCACCCCAAUAGGGUCUAAUACCGCGCCGGCGCCUGCCCCUGCUGUGAAUUCCUUGCAGUCUACGAAUUCAUCUUCUUGUACCUCUCCUUCAUCUCCGCAAGCAAUGGCAGUUUCAGGUACUUUGUCAGAGCCCACAAGACCUAUAGUUCUGGUUGACUCACAGGAAACUGGAGUCCGUCUUGUCCACACACUUUUGGCUUGUGCAGAGGCAAUUCAGCAAGAAAAUCUUAAACUUGCUGAUGCCCUUGUUAAGCAUAUUGGACUGCUCGCAGCAUCUCAAGCUGGUGCUAUGAGAAAAGUUGCCACUUACUUUGCUGAUGCUUUGGCUCGUCGGAUUUACAAGAUUUUCCCUCAAGAUUACUGUCUUGAUUCUUCACUUUUAGAUACUUUAGAGAUGCAUUUCUACGAGACUUGCCCUUAUCUCAAAUUCGCACAUUUUACUGCCAAUCAAGCAAUUCUUGAAGCUUUCGCGAAUGCAAGUCGAGUACACGUUAUCGAUUUUGGUUUAAAACAAGGAAUGCAAUGGCCGGCGUUAAUGCAAGCGCUUGCAUUAAGGCCUGGUGGUCCUCCGGCAUUUCGGUUGACGGGAAUUGGCCCGCCGCAGCCUGAUAAUACAGAUGCUUUGCAGCUAGUGGGGUGGAAGCUAGCACAAUUGGCUCAAACUAUUGGCGUAGAAUUCGAGUUUCGUGGAUUUGUAGCUAAUUCUUUGGCGGAUCUUGAGGCGGAGAUUCUUGACCUCCGCCCUCCAGAGGUGGAGGCAGUGGCUGUCAACUCGGUUUUUGAGCUGCAUCGCUUGUUGGGUCGGCCUGGUGGCAUGGAUAAGGUUCUCGGGUCUAUCAAGGCCAUGAAACCUAAAAUUGUGACGGUUGUUGAACAGGAAGCAAACCACAACGGCCCGGUUUUUCUAGACCGGUUCACUGAGGCCUUACAUUAUUAUUCGAGUUUGUUUGACUCACUCGAAUGGUCCGGGUUGACCCCACCGAGUCAGGACCUGGUUAUGUCCGAGUGUUACCUAGGGAGGCAGAUCUGUAAUGUGGUGGCAUACGAAGGGGGUGAGCGAGUUGAGCGACACGAAACUUUGGCUCAGUGGAGAACUCGGUUCGAGUCGGCCGGGUUCGCCCCGGCUCAUCUCGGGUCGAACGCCUUCAAACAAGCUAGUAUGUUGUUGGCCCUCUUCGCUGGUGGUGAUGGGUACAGGGUGGAGGAGAACAAUGGGUGUCUCAUGCUUGGGUGGCAUACCAGGCCCCUAAUUGCCACCUCCGCGUGGCAGCUCCCAGCCGGAGAUUCACUAUAA